UCUUCAUUCCCCAGUUUCUUUCUCCACAUGAAAAGGGGGAUUAAAAAAAAUUAAGUAUAUAAAGUAAAUAGUAUCUGUCAAAGCCCGAUAGAGAAAAUGGAGUUAUGUAACAAAAGCUCUUCUCGUUGGGCUUUGCCUAUCUUAGUUUGUUUCUUUGUAGUUUUAUUAUCCAAUAAUGGAGUUUUAGCUUCCCACAAAGUUUUUAUCCACCUACAAGAUACAAGUGCUAUAAAUAUCAAAACUGUCGGCAGAACUGGUUAUCAUUUUCAACCCCCAAAGCAUUGGAUCAAUGACCCUAAUGCCCCAAUGUAUUUCAAUGGAUAUUAUCAUCUAUUUUACCAGUACAAUCCAAAAGGAUCAGUAUGGGGCAACAUUGUUUGGGCUCAUUCAGUCUCAAAAGAUUUAAUCAAUUGGAUUAAUUUAGAGCCUGCAAUUUAUCCAUCCAAACAAUUUGACAAAUAUGGAACUUGGUCUGGUUCAGCAACAGUUCUUCCUGGUAACAAGCCCAUUAUUUUGUACACUGGAAUAGUUGAUGCCAAUAAAACCCAAGUCCAAAAUUACGCCGUCCCGGCCAACUUAUCCGAUCCAUAUCUUCGCGAAUGGAUCAAGCCCGAUAACAACCCGUUAAUCGUCCCGGAUAUUAGCAUUAACAAGACCCAAUUUCGUGACCCGACAACAGCUUGGAUGGGCAAAGAUGGUCAUUGGAGAAUUAUAAUGGGAAGUUUGAGAAAAAAGAGGGGAUUGGCAAUAAUGUAUAGAAGUAAGGAUUUUAUGAGAUGGAUUAAGGCUAAACAUCCACUUCAUUCAACUGCUAAUACAGGAAAUUGGGAAUGUCCUGAUUUUUUCCCUGUAUCAUUACAAGGUACAAAUGGUUUAGAUAAAUAUGGUGAAGAUUCUAAGUACGUACUUAAAAAUAGUAUGGAUCUUACUAGGUUUGAGUACUAUACUGUUGGUACGUACGAUAUUAAAAAAGACAGGUAUAUUCCAGAUAACACUUCGGUUGAUAGUUGGAAGGGAUUGAGACUUGACUAUGGAAAUUUCUACGCAUCUAAAUCAUUUUAUGAUCCUAGCAAGAAUCGAAGAGUUACUUGGGGUUGGGCUAACGAAUCGGAUAUUAUGCCCGAUGAUGAUAUUAAAAAAGGAUGGGCUGGAAUUCAACUAAUUCCACGUAAAUUAUGGCUCGACCCUAGUGGUAAACAAUUGGUUCAAUGGCCUGUCGAAGAAUUAGAAACUCUAAGAAAACAAAAGUUCCAAUUGAGCAACAAGAAGUUGAACAAUGGAGAAAUGGUUGAGGUUAAAGGAAUCACACCUGCACAGGCUGAUGUUGAAGUGACAUUCUCUUUCGCAAGUUUGGACAAGGCAGAGCCAUUUGAUCCUAAUUGGACUGAUCUUUAUGCACAAGAUGUUUGUGCAAUUAAGGGUUCAACUGUUCAAGGAGGGCUUGGGCCAUUUGGUAUUGCAACAUUGGCUUCUCAAAACUUGGAAGAAUACACACCUGUUUUCUUUAGAGUUUUCAAAGCACAACAAAAUUACAAAGUUCUCAUGUGCUCUGAUGCCACAAGGUCAACUCUUAAGUACAACGAAACAAUGUAUAAACCUUCGUUUGCUGGAUAUGUGGAUGUAGAUUUAGCAGACAAAAAGUUGUCUCUCAGGAGUUUGAUUGAUAAUUCAGUAGUGGAGAGUUUUGGUGCUGGUGGAAAAACAUGCAUAACAUCAAGAGUUUAUCCAACAUUGGCAAUUUAUGACAAGGCACAUUUAUUUGCCUUUAACAAUGGUACGGAGCCAAUUACAAUUGAGACUCUAGAUGCAUGGAGUAUGGGUAAUGCUAAGAUAGAAUAAAAAGUUGGGAGAAAACUAUCACAAAAGGGGGAAAAUAUAAGAAUUUGAUGGACAUGGGAGUUUGUCGCUAGAUAUGAUUGUUACAACUCUAUUGUGCCAAUAGACAAAAGCAAACUUGUAAAUAUCCUCUAUUUUAAAUUUAUGAGAAUACUAUGUUUUUGCUUUCAA